AUGACAGCGGUGAAGAAGAUCCACGUUUCAAAGGAGAACCAGGAACCUAUUCCUCUCGAGAGCUUCCUGAAGUACGCCAUUGUGUUUUAUUUGUCAAUCGGUAUGCUGGCCUAUGAUCACAAGGGUAGCGGCAAGGGGAAGGAGCUCCUACUCCAUUGGAUAUUCAUCGCCCAAAUGAUCAAUCUGAAUGCUGUGCUCUUAACAGAGCUGAUCUAUGUGUUCCUGGCAAUCAGCAACGGCAGCAAUUUCCUGGAGGCCACCAUGAAUCUCUCGUUCAUUGGCUUCGUAGUGGUUGGCGACCUCAAGAUCUGGCACAUCUGGCGGCAGAGGACUCAGCUCACCCAUGUGGUGCGCGAAAUGGAAAACCUUCACCCACAGACCACCGAUCAGCAGAAGCCUUACGACGUGGCUGUUCACUUGGGUGGCUAUAAGCGCUACAGCAUCUUCUAUUUCGGCAUGCAUCUGGUGCUGAUCUGGACCUACAACCUGUACUGGGCGGUCUACUACCUGGUCUGUGACUUCUGGUUAGGUAUACGUCAAUUCCAGCGAAUGCUACCCUACUACUGUUGGGUGCCCUGGGACUGGAGCACUGGAUACAGCUACUAUAUCAUGUAUGUCUCGCAGAACAUUGCCGGACAGGCCUGCCUUUCGGGACAACUGGCAGCCGAUAUGUUGAUGUGUGCCCUGGUCACCCUGCUGGUGAUGCACUUCACCCGGCUGGCUGCCCAUAUUGAGGGCCACGUAGCCGGUCUGACCACGCCCCAGCGUGAUUUGAAGUUCCUUCAGGUGGUGGUGGCCUAUCACCAGAGACUUCUGCUUCUCUGCCAGGAAAUCAAUGGGAUCUUUGGGGUUUCGCUGCUCUGUAACUUUGUGUCGUCCUCGUUUAUCAUUUGUUUUGUGGGUUUUCAAAUGACCAUCGGUGGCAAGAUUGACAAUCUGGUGAUGCUUGUCCUCUUUCUCUUCUGUGCCAUGGUCCAGGUCUACAUGAUUGCCACCUAUGCCCAGCGGUUGUUCGAUGCGAGCGAGCACAUUGGUCAGGCUGUGUACAAUCACGAUUGGUUCCAUGCCGAUCUGCGCUACCGCAAAAUGCUAAUCCUGAUCAUCAAGAGGGCCCAGCAGCCAAGUCGCCUCAAGGCCACAAUUUUCUUGAAUGUGUCUCUGGUCACCGUGUCGGAUCUACUACAACUCUCCUACAAAUUCUUUGCACUCCUGCGAACCAUGUACGUGAAGUAG